GUCAAAUUGAAAUGUCAAGGUUAAUGAAAAUAAAAACAAAUACAAACAAAUGCACUGAUUACAAAUAGUGCAAAACAAAACUGAUACCCUUACCCUUGGAUAAAAAUAAAACACCAAAUUGAGAUAAAUUUUAUGCAUGCGCAAGUGCCCUACCCACUGCUCAAUGAUAAUGGCAUUUUUAAUAAAUUGAAUAUUGAAUUUAUACAAUUUUUGAUGUCAUGUUAAUUAAUAGAUCUGUUCAAAACAAGAAAUUAUUUUUGACUUCGUUGUUGGUGGUUUGUUUAGUGACGUUAUUUAUUUUCUCCAAAUAUUCUUUACUAGGUAUUGAAGAUAGGAAGGAGCGAUUAAAAUUGAUAGAUCAAUUGAUUAAAACGCAAGCCAGUAAUUUAGCAUGCAGGCAACCAAAUCUUCCGGUGAAAUCCCCGGAAAUUAUGAAAUUCGUUCGUACAGUUCCAAAAAUAGAUUGCACAAAAUCAGGAUUCGAUUGGGUGAAAUGUAGGGGUUCGAAAUGCAAGAUUCAAGAGAGUGCUAACAUACAAUAUGGACCUGUAAAAUGUUACUUUACAGACAUUUUCAGGAAAACAGAUUUUGGCCUGACUUAUAGCAAACCAGUUAAAAGAACUACUUAUAAUCUAAAAAAAAGCGAUGUUGUAAAAAUAUACUGUUCAGCAGAGGAUAAAAUUUGGUCUUCUACUGUUGUGGGUAUCAGAAAGGACGAAACUGUCUGGAACAAUUCAAACUGGAGUAAACUACCAGAAAAUGCUAUAAAAAUGAACGUACUUAUGUUCGGUUUUGAUUCGCUCUCUAGAAAUUCAUUUAUUAGGAAAUUGCCAAAAAGUUAUAAAUUCCUCGAGACUGUACUAGAGACUGAUGUAUUGAAAGGUUACAACAUAAUAGGCGAUGGAACUCCUCAAGCUUUAAUACCCAUACUCACAGGCAAAACGGAAUUAGAAUUACCAGACACCCGCAAAAGGGUAAAAAAUUCCAAAUUUGUAGAUUCGUAUCCGUUUAUCUGGAACGAUUACAAAAAAUCUGGAUACGUUACGGCAUUCUUGGAGGACGUUCCCAAAACAGGAACUUUCACCUACAGAUUGAACGGUUUCAAAAAACCUCCUACAGACCAUUACAUGCGGCCUUAUUACUUGGCUCUUCUAAAAGAAGAAAGUAAAUGGCCUAAAUAUUGCGUAGGUGAGAAUCCGAAACAUAAAAUUAUGUUCAAUCUUGUUAAAGAUUUUUUCAAAGUUUACAAAUCCAAGCCUAAAUUUCUAUUUGGAUUUCACGGAGAACUCUCUCAUGACGACUACAAUCUCGUUGGUGUAGCAGACGAUGAUCUCUUAAAGUUUUUGACUGAUUUGUAUAAUUCCGGGGCUUUAAACGACACCAUUUUAAUAUUAAUGGCUGAUCACGGACAUAGGCAAGUAAAAGGCCACAAAUUUGCUGAAAUAAGAAAUACCAUUCAAGGCAAGCAAGAAGAGCGCUUGCCAUUCUUUUCCUUUACAUUUCCAAAAUGGUUCAAAAAUUACCACCAACGGCUCUAUAAAAAUUUUAAAAGUAACCUCGACAUACUCACAACCCCUUUCGAUAUCCACAAAACGUUACAAAACGUAUUACAAAUGGACGAUACAUCUGAUACCAGUCAAAGAUCCAUAUCGCUUUUCUCCAAAAUACCGCCUUCGAGAAGCUGCGCCAGCGCCUACAUAGAGCCCCACUGGUGCGCCUGCCUGGACUGGCAGGCCAUCCCCGACUCGGACCCCAUCAUAGAAAGACUAGCCAGCGCACUGGCCCACACCAUAAACUCCUACACGGCCCCGCACCGCGACUUGUGCGACGUUUUGUCCAUAUCGCGAAUCUACUGGGUGAGCAAACUGCAGCCCAACGAGGACCUCAUCAAGUUCAAGCGGAACUCGGACACCGACGGCUUCGUGGCCGAUUUAUCGGCCAGGACGGCGCUGAAGGAGAGCACCUAUCAGCUCAAAGUGGAAACGACGCCGGGCGGCGGCCUGUUCGAGGCCAGCGUCGCGCACGAAUUGUCUUCGGACGCGCUGCGGUUGAAAAUCGGGGAUAUAAGCCGGAUUAACGUCUACGGGGCGCAGGCGAGGUGCGUGGAGGAUGAUCUGCCGCAUUUGAGGAAAUAUUGCCAUUGCAAGGGAUGAGUGGUUAGUGGUUGAAGUUACGAGGGGAUCCGAAUUUAUCUAUUUAGUGUUUUUUUCUGUGAUAAAUCGAUUGGCUGUCAUCCUGUUAAUUUUAGAUUCGAAUUGUGAUAAUUUUUCUUUUAUGAUUUAAAAAAAUGUUUGAAUUUUUAAUUUAGGUGUAAAGCGAAAUGACGAAUCAAAAGUUGAAGCGGAUCCUGUUCUAAGAACAGUACAUGUUUUAUUCGAAAAAAGUUUAUCAACAAUUUAAUUGUAAUUAUUAUAUCCCAUGAAAUGUAAAUUAAUCUAAAAAUAUUUUACCAGAUAUUUAUAUAGUCGCUUAGAUUAGCAAUUGUUAUGUACACUUUUACAAUACGUUUACAAUUCGUCAAAUUUAAUGUUUUGUUUAUAAAUAUUUUUAUAUUACAAAUUUAUCGGCUGUUUAAUUGUAUGUGCCAAAAUACUUGUUAAUUAUUUAAAUAUUAACUAAUAAUUUUUAUAACAUAUCAUUCUUUAGGCAUUUCUCAAAAAUACCUGUGAUUUAGUUGAAUGUAUUACUACUUAAAUAACUUUCUGUCAGCAUAUCCAGCAUUUAAUCAAUAAAAGAACUACGUAUAUCAAAAAACUAUAAUUUAAUUUUGAAACUUAGAAACAAUCUAACACAGAACUCGGAUUACAAUUUAUGAAAACCCCAUUUUUUAAUCGGGCUGUGGAAUCUUCCUCAUGUAGUUUUUGCCCGAUGGCAUAGCCAUUACAGUUACGAAAGGAAACAGCGUUUUCAUCUCUUCCUCCGGUACAGUUGGCUGAACCAUCACUUCAUCUCCUU